ACCUACGGGAACAGAGAUCUAGACACCCCGACGUAAUCCAUCAGGAUCCCAUAACAAGCUCCGACCAACUCUACACCACCCCCACGCUCAACAUGUCGACCCAAACCGCCCCUCUCAACCCCACCCACCCUUUUCCCACUUCUAACGCCAAUGUCAACCCGUCUCCUUUUCCUCCUUCUUCCCCAACCACGACCAUCCACACGACAGGGGGUAGCGUCAGCCGGAGAGGAAGAGGGGGGAUGAAUAGGUACAGCGUGAAUGCCGUGUUCAGUAUGGCUGCUGAGCAGGAUGUCGAGGUUGAGGAUGAGCUUGCCCGGACUCAAAAACGUCUGCGAGACCUCAAAUCCCGGAUCUCUGCGCAGAGCAAGAAGAACUUUGUCCUCGAGCGGGAUGUCAGGUACCUGGACAGCCGGAUCGCGUUGUUGAUCCAGAACAGGAUGGGCGGAGAAGAGAAGAGCAAGAUAGCGGAGACGCUCGAUGAUGCUGAAGCAGAGGAUAUUCCUUACCCGGACGAGAAGAAGAUGACCCUCUACUCGAACCUCUUCUUCCUGCUUCAAGCUGAACCUCGACAUGUUGCCUCUCUUUGCCGGAUGGUUAAUCUCAGCGAGAUCGACACGUUAUUACAAACGGUCAUGUUCACGCUGUAUGGGAACCAGUACGAGAGUCGGGAGGAACAUUUGCUGUUGACCAUGUUUCAGUCGGUACUGGCGGCGCAAUUUGAGAUGGCCACCGAGUUUGGGUCGUUGUUGCGGGCCAACACGCCUGUGUCACGGAUGAUGACGACGUAUACGCGAAGAGGACCGGGACAGAGUUAUUUAAAGGGAACGUUGUCGGAGAAGAUCAACAGCUUAAUCGAGCACAAGGACCUGAACCUCGAGAUCAACCCGUUGAAGGUUUACGAGCAGAUGAUGCAGCAGCUGGACCAGGAGGGUCGGAUGCCCGCCGACUUGCCUCGAGGCGUCUCACCCGAGAUUGCCGCCGCUCAUCCUGACGUUCAGGCGAUUAUUCAACCUCGCCUACAAAUGUUGAUGGAGAUCGCCAAUAGUUUCCUGGAUACGAUUAUUGCGAGUCUAGAAAUGGUGCCGUACGGGAUUCGAUGGAUCUGCAAACAGAUCCGGAGUCUGACGAGGCGGAAAUACCCAGAAGUCACCGAAUUCGCACUCUGCUCGCUUAUCGGAGGGUUCUUCUUCCUCCGGUUCAUCAACCCCGCCAUCGUCACCCCUCAAGCGUACAUGCUCGUCGACGGCGUCCCAGCAAAGAACCCUCGUCGGACGUUGACCCUGAUCGCCAAGAUGCUGCAGAACCUCGCGAACAAGCCGAGCCAUAGUAAAGAGGCUUAUAUGGCCACGCUGAACCCGUUUGUCGAGAUGAACAAGGCGAGGAUGAACGGGUUCUUGAACUCGUUGUGCGAAGUCGGCGACUUUUACGAUUCGCUCGAGCUCGACCAAUACAUGGCCUUGUCAAAGAAAGACCUACAGAUCAGCAUCACCCUCAACGAACUUUACAACACACAUUCCCUCCUCACACAACACAUGGACAUUCUCUCACCCAACGACCGACAUCACCUGCGUGUACUAUUGGACGAACUUGGUCCGGCGCACCAGCAAGUACCUCGGAACCAGAACAAGGCUAUCGAUCUCGCUCUCUAUAGCCGGUGGGAGACGCCGAUCCAGGAUAUCACUACAGCGUUGAUGGCCGAGAACGACUUGACGCAGAACGAUAUACUCUACAUGGAGACCAAAGCCAUCUUUGUCCAGUUGAUCCGAUCGAUACCCCAGUUGGCAGAUCGGAAACCCAUCAACUUGCCAACGAUCGCCGACCGGGCUGCGACAGCCAAAGAUCCCACGCUGGUCAAGAAGGGACUCAAGGUCAAGGAGAUGCUGCGCGAGCUGGAAGAAGCCAUGGUGGUGACCAUCGCCGAUGACUAUCAGUUGAUGCGGGAAGAAGUAGCUGCCGAGCUCGUCCACCUGGGCAACAUGCGGGAAAAGGCUCUGCUCGAGACCAACUCGCUCGAGGCCGUCUACCGGACGAUAUGCGAUCACAACAACUAUUUGCGGUCACAGCUCGAACAAUACAAGGCGUACUUGCAGAACGUACGAGAGGUCGGAGCUAAGGAUAACAAGGGAAAUACCGGGGUGGGCGUCUUGACGGUGAAUGGAAAGGAGAAGAAACCGGUCAAACAGACGUCGUUAGGGCCGUACCGCUUCACGCAUGUGCAAUUCGAGAAGGAGGGGAUCAUCAUGGAAAGUAAUGUGCCGGACAACAGACGGCAAAACAUCUUUUUCAUGGUCACCUCGCCGACACCGGGGACGUUCGUCAUUGCACUGCAUUUCAAGGGGAGGGACAAGCCUAUCCUCGAGAUGGAUCUCAAGAUCGACGACUUGCUAGAAAAGCAAAAAGACAACAACACGGUGCUCGACCUGGAAUACGUCCAGCUUAACGUACCCAAGGUUCUGGCCUUGUUGAACAAGCUUUUCACCAAGCGCAAGUAGUGAUACUUGCAGAGAUGAUCAUGGAUCACAGCACGAACCUUUCUUCUUCAUUCCUUCGUCUCUUUCGGC